CUUGUUUCUUCUUCUCUCGCUCUCUCUCUCUCUCUCUCUCUUUCCGUUAUACUUCUUUAUCCCCUGCGCAUACACGCACUCCUUUUCUCCCUAUCUCUUCAUUCGUUUCCCAUACCAUUAUCCCCUCUUUUAGGUACUUUGAUUUCUUUGAUUAAUCAAACAUUACGCACGGUAUGAAAGCUAUGAUAUCGUUGUCCUAUCAGUUUAAAUUUCCGGCACACCUUCUUUCUUUCUCCCUCUCCCUCUCUCUCUCUCUUUCUUCCUUUUUUUCUUUAUGAUAAUCUUCUUUUACGAAUUCGCGAUAAAGUCGAAGCAAGACGAAGGAACUGCGAGUAAAUAAGAUAAUGUAUCAAAUUCUCUGUUAUGAGAGUUGCACGUUGAUCGUUUAUUAGGUACGCAUUAAAUGUAUAUUAUUUUGAGAAGUUUCGAUGAGUUCUUUUUGCAAGGCUUCCAUCACAGUUUCGAAAGUCUGGAGAAUUGUUUUCGUCGAAAGAUUAAUCGAAUUAGCACUAUGUCUCAUUCGCGUGACAUCGUUCACUAUAUCAUGGAAUCGCACACGCACAUGUCUUCCUUUACAUACAUAUACGUAUUAUAUGCCAUACAAGUAUAUAUAUAGAUUUAUUAUGUAUAUGUAUAUGUACAGUCGUACCCAUAAUUAAUUUGUAAGUUAAUGCUUAUCGUUUUAGCGAAUUGACGAGAAAAGGACAAAUGACGCAAAAGAAUCAUAUGAUAUACGUUCGUUAUAAGAAUGAAGUAUACAGGUGUAUAUAUAUCUACGUACAUUUAUUAACAUUUUAGCGUUUAUAUGUUAAUAGUAAAUGCAUAUAUUAUCGUCAAUCUUUAUUUGAUACUUUGACUUUAUUUACAUAUAACGUAAGCGUAAUUUCAAAGUAUUCAAAAGAUCAGAUACAAUUGUCAUUACAAGGCAAUGAAAUUACAACUCAUCGACAUAAAUAUAAUAAUAGAUGAUUAACAAUGUAAGCUGUAGUCAAACAGAGAUACCGGUUUCGUGAACAAUGAAUAGUUUGAAUAUGAUCAUUGAUAGUUUGAAAAAUGCUUAUUGUUAAUGUCGUGAUGAUCAUUUACGCAAGAACGUGUAGCGUUCUCGUUCGAAGGUACUCCAUUAAUCUUGCACGAUAACCGCGACGAUGAUUUGACGUUCCCGAUGACAGCGAUUCCAUGUCGUUUUCCGAAAUCACGGAACGUAAAUAAUAUGCGUUUAACAAUGUGAUCGAUCACGACAGAAAUAACGUCGCUUCAGUUCUAGUUACAGCUUUGUUCGUAGAUUUAAUAGAUAUACGAUCGAUAUUCUAUUAUUAUUCUAUCUAUUACUCUAGAUAGGACUAGUUUUUCCGUUGAUUCGUAAAGUUGCUAAAAAACCGUCCUAUCGAUACUCAGAUUAGCUGAACGACGAUACGCGCCUGAAAGAAACUGAUAAGAGGCAAACUAACUAUCCAAGUCACUUACGAUUAGUUUGGUCAAAGGCAAAGAAAAAACUUGUACAAUUUCGUACUUGCAGAAACAAAUAGGACGAUAAUUAUUCUUAUUUUGCCUUUUUCCUUCCUAUUGCCAAAACUGAACAAGUUUUUAUUUAUCCUUGAUCAAUAGUCGGAAUUUGCAUUUCGACAUAUGUUUCGUGAAUUCUCUGUCUCUUAUCUUACGAAUAUGAAAAUGAACAGAGCGAGGAUGAGUCGUGAUGUCUCUCCUUGUCAUGUCGGGCAUUGCCUAAUUUCGUCUUCGCUGUAUCUUCUAUUUAUCUUGCUUUCUCCUACUUUGCCGUGGCAUGUGCUAUACUAUAUUUACGUAUUUACAUAUUUACAUAUAAUGAGCGCAAGCGGAAAAAUAUCGAAAUAUCUUGUGGGAACUGUCUGCUCGAUAUCUACAACUGCGAUCCAAUAAGUGUUGGAGUUCUUGAUCCUGGUGUAUACGUAGGUAUGUACCUCGAUCGAUCUUCUCGUCUUGCCCUCGAUCGGUUGGAUUGUUUGACUAAAAGUUGGUUCGUACAUUGUACGUAGAUACUUGCCGCGCUUUGUUUUACCUGCCUUCUUUGACAUGUGUAUGCGUUGGUAAUAAUUUGCGACUCAUUCAUCUUCGAUCUUCGUCGAGUUAUCUUUCCCGCCGUACGCGCGUUAUCCCUCCUCCUCUCAUUCUGCCCCAUCUCCCACUCUCUCUCUCUCUCUCUCUCUACGUCUCUUCCAACAUUUUCUUUAAUAUUCCUUUCGAUUCGUAACCUUGAAACUUGUUUCGGCUGUUGGGCAGAAAUGAAACGUUUAAGUUCAAAAAGAAUGAUAGGAAAAAGAAGAAAGAGGAAGAAAUAGGGAAAGGGAAGCAUCGAAAUGGGUGUGGGAGUGAGAAAAAAGGGAGAGGGAAAAAAAGGACAUAUAGAAUAAUACAGGAGAAGGGAAGGAAAAAAAGGAAACGACAAAAUCCAUAGCAGUAGUCGGUCGGUUACAACGUGACGCGGCCAGGAGACGUUGUAGACGUUGCCAGUCGUUAUAUCGUUUCCGCAUAACGCGAUAAUGUCUGUGGUCAUUACGAAUCCGGACGAUUCAUAAGCAGUUGCUCAGCGAAAACCUACCUAAUAAGAUGUUUCGUGUGGCGAUCAUCGGCCUAUUAUCUACGAUACCCGCGAUACACCCGAUGGGACAACGAUCCACGCAACUCCGUGAUACAACAAUGUUUCCUCGUCGAGAACACAUCGCGUAUGGAUCAACGAUGAAAGUGGAAAGUAGUGAGCAACCGGAAUUGUUCCGAUCGAACAAGAAGUACAUCAAAGAGGAGAGAAAUAUUUCUACGAUACCAAGUACAGAAAGCGUUGACUAUUCGACCGAGUCGGCCAGUCACGCUGGAGGAGUAAGUCUGCUUAUGUGUUGCUCGUACGGACAUCGUUUGAGCAAGGACGGAUGCAUCAGAACGAAUGACACCUUUCGCUUCCCGGCUCUUUACGAUUCCAACAAUUUGUCCUUAAUUGACGAGGCACCGAAUUAUCAACGCUAUUUCAAAUUGGUCGUUAACAAUCCUUGCAUCAAUCGUCAACGCUAUAAACUUGACCCGAAUGCGAAUCCGAUGGAUGAGUUCAUGCUUCUCGACAAUGGUUCGAUCUACAUGAAAAACGAGGGUGAUAUUCUCCGAGAUGUCAACUACUGUUUAGGUAUCCUCGAUACCAAACUGUUCGAUGUGAUUCUUUGUUUCAAUUUGGGCGAGAACGAGGAUACGCAGGAAACGACGAAAAUCACAGUACUGUUUCCUGUUGGAUUAAUCAUAUCGGUGCCAUUCUUGUUUGCUACGUUUGUCGCUUACAUAUUGAUACCAGAAUGGAAGAAUAUACACGGCCGUACGCUUCGUAGCUAUGUCGGUUCUCUGCUGAUCGCCUAUGUGAUACUCGCGGUCGUACAGAUGACUCCGCAGCAACAGAUUUCGGAUACUCUUUGCAUCGCAUUUGCGUUCAUCAUCCACUUCUCUUUCUUGGCCAGUUUCUUCUGGUUGAACGUUAUGUGUUUUGAUAUUUGGUGGACUUUCGGAGGUUUCCGAUCUCUACAUGGCAGCGUGAAGCAAAGGGAGCGAAAAAAGUUUUUAAUAUACUCCGUUUACGCUUGGGGUUGCGCAUCGCUACUCACCGGAAUUUGUGCCAUUAUGGACUUUCUUCCUGACAUUCCAGAGCAUUUUAUCAAGCCACAAUUUGGCAAACAUAAUUGCUGGUUUACCACCAACAAGGCAAGGGCGAUAUACUUUUACGCGCCAAUGGGCGCUACUGUGUUUUGCAACAUAUGCCUUUUCAUCUCCACGGCGUUGAAGAUCGUGCGACAUAAAAAGAACACUGCUCAACAGCUUAAAAGCAUAGACAGUAGGCGUCACGACGACAAUAAACAAUGGUUCAAUCUAUAUUUGAAACUCUUCAUCGUAAUGGGCAUUAAUUGGUCAAUGGAAAUAAUAUCAUGGCUCUGCAACAAUUCACCGGCUUACAUUUGGUAUCUUACAGAUCUUACCAAUACUUUGCAAGGUGUACUCAUCUUUUUAAUUUUCGUUUGGAAAGAUAAAGUCAAACGACUGUUAUUAAAAAGAUUCAGUUGUCACAGAAAAAACAUUCUUUCAAGAAACUCGACUCGCAGUGCUUGUCAUAGUUCAGCGACAUCUCGUACUUGCACAUUGACGACGACGACACAGUUUCAGGAGAAAAUCGAUCCCUAUUCGAAUGAAUCUUCUCCCGGCAAAGCAAUUGUUAUGAAUUAACAAGAAUCACAAUUAGCCUGGAAAGAUUUAAAUAUAUGUGCACUUUGAUGUUUGCGCGAUUCAUAAAUACGUAUGGCCCAUGCAACUAUUUUUCGCAAAAACAUCACAAUUUUCUUCGUUUAACUUCAUUCACAUAUCACAUUCGUUACGUUCACAUGAAAACCGUGAGAAAAAUAAUGCAGCGAAUUAUAUUGAAUUGAAAUGAAACAGAACGUAUCGAACUGAAACGGAACGGAAAUCGAUAAAAAAUAAAAUAAAUCAAUAAAAAUAAUAUAGGAAAAGAAGGAAACUUUGAAAAAUGUUAUUAGUUGGUGCUUGUCAUAAAUGUUGACUCGCUUAAUAUUCGAUUCGCGUUGAAUACUUAAUCGAUUGAUGAAGAAACGAAGAAAUGUUGAAUGUAUAUUUUAUCGAAGCAUAUCUAGUCAUCGUUAGUGGGCUGUCUUUCUAACGUUCAAACUUACUACCGUAUGAUUGUUAGAUAUUUGCAUAUGAAGCGUUCAACUUUUAUUUUAUAUCGUAUAGAAAGUUGUAAUCACCGCCAAGAAUAUGCAAAUAUAAAUUAAGAAUCUUUGGAAAUUUUCAAGUUUAAUAUCAUUCUAUCGCCGAGAUAUUGUACGAAUAAAUUAGGGUUACUUUACUAUAGUGACACUCUUUUCUCUUAUAAUAUAUAAGUUCUAAUAGUUAUAAUUUUAUUCAAUGAUCAAUAUGACGAAAAUUUCAUCGAAUUUUAUGUUGUAAAAUAAGAAAGUAACAAUAUCGCAUUGUUAUGUAUAUCAAAAUGUAUAUUAUUUGCUAUUCUUAUUAUGUUAAAUAUGAUAAACAUUUUGUACAUUUUUCUUAUAUGUAUAGUAUACAUGUUGUACAUCUAAUUAAACACACAUUAUAUAUAUAUAUA